AUGCAAAUGGGUGAUUUUGACAGCGGCUCGGUGAAGGUGGCCGAGUGGCAGCAGACCAUGUACGGACUGGACUCCGGCAUCCAGUCCGGGGCCAACACCUACAGGGAGGACGAGGACUACAGCACCACCAAGCACUACACGGUGACCACCACCGUCACAUCCGACCACCCCGACUUGGAUGCCCAGUACUCGAUGACCAGAGCCCAGCGGGUGCGAGCCGCCAUGUUCCCGGAGACGCUGGAGGGGGGAACCACCAUCCUGUCCACUCAGACCGACCAGGGCCAGAUGACCAACGUCCAGCGGCUGGCCGAGCCCUCGCAGAUGCUGAAGACCGCCAUCAUCCACCUGAUCAACUACCAGGACGACGCCGAUCUGGCCACGCGGGCCGUGCCCGAGCUCACCAAGCUGCUCAACGACGAGGACCAGGUGGUGGUGAGCAAGGCGGCGCAGAUCGUCAACCAGCUGACGCGCAAAGAGGCGUCCCGCCACGCGCUGAUGCAGUCGCCCCAGAUGGUGGCGGCGGUUGUCCGGGUGAUGCAGAACACCAGCGACAUGGAGACGGCGCGGGCCACAGCCAGCAUCCUCCACAACCUGUCCCACCAGAGGGAGGGGCUGCUCGCCAUCUUCAAGUCGGGAGGGAUCCCCGCUCUCGUUCGCAUGCUCAGCUCCCCCAUUGAGUCGGUGCUCUUCUACGCCAUCACCACCAUCCACAACCUGCUGCUGCACCAGGAGGGAGCCAAGAUGGCCGUGCGCCUGGCCGACGGGGUCCACAAGAUGGUGCCCCUGCUGAAGAAGACCAACCCCAAAUUCCUGGCCAUCACCACAGACUGCAUGCAGCUGCUGGCCUACAACAACCAGGAGAGCAAGCUCAUCAUCCUCAACAACGGGGGUGGAGAGGGUCUGGUCCACAUCAUGAGGAACUACAACUACGAGAAGCUGCUGUGGACGACGAGCCGCGUGCUCAAAGUGCUCUCCGUGUGCCCCAGCAACAAACCCGCCAUUGUGGAGGCCGGUGGGAUGCAGGCUCUGGGGAAACACCUGACCGGCUCCAGCCAGCGCCUGACGCAGAACUGCCUGUGGACCCUCAGGAACCUGUCCGACGCCGCCACCAAACAGGACGGCCUGGACAGCCUGCUGCAGCUGCUGGUGGGCUACCUGCGGUCGGACGACCUGCACAUGCUGACCUGCGCCACGGGCAUCCUGUCCAACCUCACCUGCAACAACGCCCACAACAAGUCCCUGGUCACCCAGUCCAACGGCGUGGAGGCGCUGAUCCACACCAUCCUGCGCGCCGGCGUGAAGGAGGACGUGACGGAGCCGGCCGUGUGCGCCCUGAGGCACCUGACCUCCCGCCACCAGCAGGCCGAGCUGGCCCAGAACGCCGUCAGGAUCCACUACGGCAUCCCCGCCAUCGUCCAGCUGCUGAACCAGCCCUACCACUGGCCCGUCAUCAAGGCUGUGGUGGGCCUGAUCCGUAACCUGGCCCUGCUCCCAGAGAACCAGGCCCCCCUGAGAGACGCGGGGGUCAUCCCCCGCCUCGGCAACCUGCUCAUCAUCUCCCACAAGCAGGCCCAGAAACUGGACCCCUCCAACACCAACCAGCAGAACUUCCAGGAUGGAGUCAGGAUGGAGGAGAUUGUGGAGGGCUGCACAGGAGCUCUGCACAUCCUGGCCAGAGAUCCCAUCAACAGAGCGGAGAUCGGCAACCUCGAGAUCAUUCCUCUGCUCGUCCAGCUGCUCUACUCGUCUACGGAGAACGUGAAGCGCGUGGCGGCCGGCGCCCUGUGUGAGCUGGCCCAGGACCGGGCGGCGGCCGACCUGAUGGACCAGGAGGGAGCCUCGCCCCCGCUGAUGGAGAUGCUGCACUACGACAACGAAGGCAUCGCCACUUACGCUGCAGCUGUGCUCUUCCGCAUGUCCGAGGAUAAGAACCCGGAGUUCAAGAAGCGCAUGUCUGUGGAGCUCACCCACACCCUGUUCAAGCACGACCCCACUGCCUGGGAGAUGGCCCGCAACGCCCCCCCCCAUGGACGGAGGAUACCCAGAUGGAAGCCGGCGCCUGUAAAGGAGGAUACCAAGCUGAUGGCAUGGAUGGAAAUGGGAUGCUUGAUGACUAUUCAACCUUCGACAGACAAUAUACUGAUCAAUAUUAAUGAGUACAGAGCGGAGGAGGCGCUGAUGUGGAGUUCAGUGGGACAAAGAGGAGGCGUGUAUAGUCACCAGUAG